AGAGAGAAAGAGGGAGAGAACGAAAAAGAGACAGGGUGGUUAAGGAUACAGUGAGGUACACAGAAAAGUAAAACCUCCUUUGUUCGGACAGUGGAAGUAAACGUAGCGUAGACCACGUGACUAAAACCAGGAAGUAAAUUGAGUGUCAACAAUAAAGAGAGAUGGCUUCUUCAGACUGGCACCUGUCUUUGAAGCUGUCGGAUCAGCCCAAAUCCAUCUUCCACUUCCCAGAGAUGAUGCCAGGGGAUGUUCCACCUGGAGGAUACAGAGUCGCCACCUUAAAACAGCUUGUAGCAGCUCAGCUCCCUGACUCCAUCCCAGACCCUGAACUAAUAGAGUUGGUCCACUGUGGGCGGAAACUUAAAGAUGAUUUAACACUGGAUGCCUGUGGGAUUCAACCAGGAUCCACUGUGCACAUCCUCAAAAAGACUUGGCCAGAGCCAGAGAGCAGUCCAGAGACUGUAAAUAGAGCAACUGCAGCCAGGGAGUUCAGGGUGUUUCAUGCUGCUCUUCACUCUCUCAACUCUACCUACAGAGACUCAGUAUAUAAAAUGCUAACAAAUAAAGAGUCCCUGGAUCAGAUCAUAGUGGCUACACCAGGGCUCAGGUCUGACCCAGUCGCCCUAGGCGUGCUCCAAGACAAAGAUCUCUUUGUGCAGUUCACGGACCCCAGCAUGCUGGAUGUAUUGAUCAGUUCGCACCCAGCCCUCGUCAAUGCCAUCAUCCUGGUCCUGCACUCUGUGGCGGGCAGCAUGCCUGCUCAGUCCAGUGCCAGCUCCUCUCGCAAUGUCUCUGCCAGUUCCUACAGUGAUAUGCCAGGAGGCUUCAUGUUUGAGGGCAUGUCUGAUGAUGAGGAAGAUUUCCAGUCCGGGAGCCCAGCAGGACCCUCCAACAGAGCUGGGGCCUCAGCAGGGAUACGACCAGUGUCUCUGAGCCACAGCGGAGCGACGGGCCCGCGACCGAUAACACAGAGCGAACUGGCGACGGCUUUGGCUCUCGCUAGCACUCCUGACAGCAGUGCGGUCACUCCCACAACGGCAAGCCAGUCGGACCCCUCCAGCGGUGUGGCCCCCAUGCCAGCAGGCACCCCAGUCAGUAAUGAUCUCUUCAGCCAGGCUCUACAGCAAGCUCUGCAAGCCACCAACAUGUCUGCUCUACAGGGCCGCUGGCAGUCCCAGAUGCAGCAGCUCAGGGACAUGGGGAUCCAGGAUGAGGAGCUGAUGCUGAGGGCGCUGCAGGCCACAGAUGGUGACAUCCAGGCUGCCCUCGAGCUCAUAUUUGCUGGAGGCCCAGGACUCUGAGCCCGUACCGAACGGACAGAGGCUUUUAUAGAGGAGAGAUCAGGAGACAAGCUUGUGACGCUGCUGCCCAGAAAUGAUAAAUUAUGGCUUUAGACGUACAGUAUGUAGAGUUUUUUCUAUUAUCAUUAUUACCCAAUUUACCUUAAAAUAUACACAUUACUAUUUCAGCAGAGCAAAGUCAUGACAAGUUUUUCCUAUUGAUGUGACUUGACUUGUAAUAAAUUGAAUUAUGCUUACCUCAUCAA